AAAAGCACAACCUGGAAGUAGAAGGUGGGGUCAGGUGUGAAUAUCGCACGUUUUGCCAAACAACGAUAACAGUGCAGCAUUAUUUUAAUUGUAAGUCGACUGUGAUAGAGAAACGGCGGUUGUUUGUAGACACAUUAAUCCGUCAUGUCAGACUUGGAGACUCAGGUAGGCACCAUUGUGGAGAUAAUGGUUAAUGCGACUGUCACAGAAAUGAGCAAAGUUACGGCUGAAAACACACGCGACUGCUCGGAUGAAAAGGUGAUUCCGUUUAGUGUCUUCAUGAAGUCUUUGGCACGAGAAGCUGUGGAGAAGAUCUGCCAACUUUUCCACGAGUGUUCCUCUCUGCUGCAUUUAGAGGUGUCACAGGGUGUGGCAGAGAUUGAGGACCUGAGGCGGAGGCUGGAAGUGGCAGAGACGGAGCUGAUGCUGGUGUUGGAGGGCAGCAGAGGUCAGAAAGGAGCAGAGGAGCUCACAGAGGGGGCCAGUGGAGAGAAGGAUGGUAGGACGGCUUCGAUGAAUGGAACAGAAGGAGAAACCGUCCAGAGCAGCCAUCGCUCAGGGAGGAAGAGUCGCAGAGCUGUGGCUACAGGUGAUACAGGAGUGAAGAGGUCCCCUAUACUUCAUCUGUGGAAAGGCAGAACCUACGAGGAUAGUGUCCAACUAGUAACAAUUAAGGAAGAAGGUUUGGAAGCAUUCGUUGACCAGGCGUCUGCUGAUUCCAUUCAGUGCAGAGAUGAAACCACCCAGGACAAUGUCGACGACCCAGACUAUCAGUUAGUGGCAGAAGAUGUAGAUGAUGGUGUCCCAGGUUACAACACCAGACCAAAACGUGUUGUAAAGCCCAAAUUCCACCGCGGUCGAGCAAAGAAAGAGAGUCAAAACCAGCAGCCUCUGAGCUGCAAACACUGCAGGAAAACCUUUAGUAAGCUGCUGCAGCUCAAAGCCCAUCAGGUCAUCCAUGGAGUGAAUGCUGAGAAGCCCUUCCAUUGUUCGCAGUGUGGCAGAGGUUUUUCAUUCCAGCGCAGCCUCAAUGCACAUAUGCUUCUCCACACAGGGGAAAGACCACACAUUUGUGACAUUUGUGGGAAGGGUUUCACUCUGAAGCAACUGCUGAGGAACCACCAGCGCCUCCACACUGAGGUCAGGCCGUUUCGGUGUGAACAGUGUGGAAAGAGCUUCUACCGAGCCCAUGGCCUGAAAAUACAUCAGAUGGUCCACACUGGAGAGCGGGCACACAACUGCCAGUACUGUAACAAAAGCUUCACAAUACCAGGUAAUCUGCAGCGCCACCUACGCAUACACACAGGUGAAAAGCCAUUCAAAUGUGAGACAUGCGGCAAAAGCUUUAACCAGGCUGACACUCUGAAGGGCCAUCAGCGUAUACACACCGGUGAGCGUCCCUUUAGCUGCGAGACCUGUGGCAAGUGCUUCAUCCAGAAGAGUGCCUUGAAGAUGCACCAGAAGACCUCACACUCAGGGGAGAAUUCACUGGCCUGUGUAGCAUGUGGAACUGGGGUGGCCUGUGUUGACUCACUAAGAAAACACCUCCAGUCACACGCAGCAACUAUUCCAUGCACAUGUGUGAUCUGUGGCCAACAGCUCUGCUCCAUCACAGAACUGCGCUCACACCAGCAGCACCACACAGUGGACAGGCCUCACAGCUGCGGGCUGUGUGGGAAGAGUUUCAAGUCGUCAAGUUACCUGAAGAUUCACCUGAAGACGCACAGUGGGGAGAGGCCAUUUUCCUGCGACAUCUGUGGCCGUAUGUUUACACAGCACAGCAGCCUUAAAUCACAUCAGGUAGUCCACACGGGAGAGAAACCAUUCAGCUGUGACACGUGUGGGAAAUGUUUCAGCAACACGGGCAACCUGAACAGACACCAGCGUAUCCACACGGGGGAGAAGCCGUUCAGCUGUGACAUUUGUGGACGCAGCUUCAACCAGGGCAACAGCCUGAAGGCCCACCAGCAGAUACACACCGGGGAGAAACAGUUCAUGUGCGACAAGUGUGGGAAGAGUUUUGCCUACCUGAGGAACCUCAAGGACCACAAGUGUUUCUACGUCUAAUGCAGAGAGCUGUGAUCCCUGGUGGGAGAGCUGAUGGCAGACAUGUCCUUGUGACUGUGGAAAAAUAAGUGGGUGACUGGAAAGAAAUGACUUUGUAGAGAAAGUGGUAGGUAUUCAGACAACACCCUGAAUUUAAGAGCGAAAACUCCCCCGUUAAUUAAACUGAAUAACCACUAAUAGCCUCAUGCUUUCUGAAAGAUUGUUUUUUCUAAAGAGUUUUUGGCCCAGUGAACAUUGUGGCAAAUGGAUUAAAUGUUAACAACACAGUUUCAUUACUAUUACUUCAAUAAUCUGGUUUACUGAGGUAAUGUUCACAAAGUCUACUUUAGCCUCACUGAUCCAUUAAAAUCUUAAUUUCAUUCCAGAUUCAUUGAGAUUGUAAUCCACUUUUUUAAGUUGUAAGACUGGUUAUGGUUUUGUUUUUUUUCUCCUGCCAUUUUUUGGGAUUUUAAAUCACUGAAAUACAACUGUGACUUAUUUGGGGGAAAAGGUGCCUUGUGUGAGAACUGAUUCUCUGACUGAGAAGAUACAGAAGUAAGUACUAAGUGUUAUUUUGCAGCAAGGAUGUUUCUUCUUUUCCUGUGAAAAUGUGAAGUGUGUAUUUACAAGCUUUGUGGCUGUGAGUGAAAUGGAUAAACACUGCAAUUUUAA